UGUUUGUGCUAGAAACUCUUGAAAUUGAAACCCUCACACACAGAAGAAGAAAAAGAAGAAGAUACUCGUUAGUUUCGUUUUCAAGCUUUUCAGCUCAGAUCUCAAUCACCACAAUAAACGAUCUCAUUCUGCUUCAAAUGUCUUUGUUGUUUUCAUGUUUCAGGUUUCGUAAUUCUUCUUCACUUAAUCCCACUUUUCCUUUUUCCUUUUUAAGAACACUUUACUAUUCUCAUUCUAGAAUCAAUUCCAAUACCAAUUCCAAUUUCAAUUUCAAUCAUGUUGAUGAUCUUGUUUCCUCAUUUCAUCGAAUGCUCCUUUUGAAUCCUGCCCCAUCCGUUAUAGAAUUUGGAAAAAUAUUAAGUUCCCUGGUUAAGCUGAAGCAUUACCCCACUGUUAUUUCUCUUUUACCAAUUGGAAUUCAAUGGAAUUAAGCCGAAUAUUGUUUCCUUGAGUAUCUUGAUUAAUUGUUACUGUCACCUUGGUCAAAUGAGAUUUGCCUUUUCUAUAUUCGCCAAAAUUCUCAAGAUGGGUGAGGUUAUCACCCCAAGACCAUAACCUUGACUACUCUUGUCAAAGGUUUUUGUUUAAACCAUAAGGUGAAGGAAGCUCUACACUUUCACGACCAUGUGCUUGCACUUGGAUUUCAUUUCAACCAAGUUAGCUACGGGACCUUGAUCAAUGGGUUGUGUAAAAUAGGGGAAACAAGAGCGGCGUUGCAAAUGUUGAGACAGAUCGAAGGGAAAUUGGUCAGCACCAAUGUUGUAAUGUAUAGUACAAUCAUUGAUGGUUUGUGCAAAGAUAAACUUGUAAAUGAUGCAUAUGAGUUAUAUUCUGAAAUGAUUACAAAGAGAAUUUCUCCUACUGUUGUCACUCUCAAUUCUCUAAUCUAUGGAUAUUGCAUUGUUGGUCAAUUCAAAGAAGCAUUUGGUUUGCUCCGUGAAAUGGUAUUGAAAAACAUCAACCCAGAUGUGUAUACUUUUAACAUAUUGGUUGACGCUCUAUGUAAGGAAGGAAAGAUCAAAGAAGCUAAAAGUGGGAUAGCUGUGAUGAUGAAAGAAGGUGUGAUGCCAGAUGUUGUUACCUACAGUUCAUUAAUGGAUGGAUAUUGUCUUGUUAAUGAAGUUAAUAAGGCUAAACAUGUGUUAAGUAUUAUAUCUCGAAUGAGAGUGGCUCCCAAUGCUCGUAGCUAUAGUAUCGUGAUUAAUGGAUUCUGUAAGAUUAAAAUGGUCGACAAAGCCUUGAGUCUCUUUUAUGAAAUGUGUUGCAGAAGAAUUGCUCCUGAUACGGUAACUUACAAUUCUCUAAUUGAUGGUUUGUGCAAAUCUGGGAGAAUCUCCUAUGCUUGGGAGCUUGUUGAUGAGAUGCGUGAUAAUGGUCAACCAGCUGAUAUAAUCACUUACAAUUCAUUAAUAGAUGCUUUAUGCAAAAACCAUCAUGUUGACAAGGCUAUUGCAUUAGUCAAGAAAAUUAAAGACCAAGGCAUUCAACUAGAUAUGUACACAUACAAUAUACUUAUCGAUGGACUGUGCAAACAAGGAAGGCUUAAGGAUGCACAAGUGAUUUUUCAGGAUCUUUUGAUUAAAGGCUACAAUUUAACAGUCUGGACAUAUACUAUUAUGAUCAAAGGUCUUUGAUUAGAGGGUUUGCUUAAUGAAGCUGAGACCCUGCUGUCAAAAAUGGAAGACAAUGGAUGUGUUCCUGAUGCUGUAACUUGUGAAACAAUUAUUCGCACUCUCUUUGAAAAUGAUAAGAACGAAAGGGCAGAGAAACUACUACGUGAAAUGAUUGCCAGAGGUCUACUGUAAGAGAAGACUAGUUAAGAGGAUUAUGGACUACAAAAUGUACUCACUAGCAAUUUAGUUUUCCUUUAAAUUCAUGUGUUGUUAUGUUCAUUUUGAUGUUUUAACCAUACCAACGUUUAUUAUUGCUGAGAGUUGAACAAUGUAUUUGUGUUGUGCUAUGAACUUCUCAUCAGUUUUUUGUAUCAAUGUAUAGCACACUAUUCUUUCUUGUUAUCAGUUUUCCGGACUACUUUACGCCUUACUGCAAAACUGAAAGUAAGAAGGUUUGACAGAUUUUAUAGUUUCUAGUUAUAUUAACAAAGUUGUCUAGUAACUUGAAGCAAUUUUCAGCAAAGUAAUAUUCAGUUGGAGUAAGUAAUUGAAGAAGCCAAACUCAGAACUUGAAAGUGGAUAACAGUUAAGGUUCUAAGUUUGUCAUAUUUCCCUUCUCUCGCCCUGGCUUUAUAAUUUGCGUUUGAGCAAGUGAGAAGUGUAAGAAAAAGUUGGAAAAUUGAAGGGAACUCAGGAGAAUCUCUCACUAGGUUGGAUAAUCUUAGUUGUAUGAAAUUGCAAGUUUAAAAGAAUUUUAUUAGAGGUUGACCACAAGGAACAAUAGAUUCGAUAGAAGAUUCAGUUGAUUAUUCAAUUCAAGGUGACAGAAAUAAUAUAGAGCUUCAUAUUUGUCGGUACAGGUACUUGUGGUGUAUGGGGACCUUUUUAUUAUUUUGUAUGCUUUGAGUUUCUAUCAAUGAGUUUGUUAAUUGUAUGACUGCAAUUAACUUGAACUAUGAUGUUAAUAUAGACUCUCAGAAAGAGUUAGAUAUACAUUGUUUGUCUGUUCUGGUCUUGUUAUGCAUAUAAAUCAUGUCAACUUAUUGUUUAGGCUUACAAGGGUAGGGAAAGCUCUGAAAGUAGUUCAGUCUUGUACAAGUUGCUUCAUGCUGAUGUUGCCAUAUCAAGACAAAAUGAAAAUUUUACUAAUUAUUAUAUAAAUAAACAAGGUUUUAUUACUUUUUAAAUUUCUAUGGUAAGAAUUAGUAAAUGUGGCUUUUGUUGCACUUUAGCUAAGGUUAUAUAUACCUCGUUUCCUUUCUGAUAUGAUCCCAAAUGACACGGUGACUUGAUAAGGAGGGACAGUUAGCAUAUCAGCUGUCCCAGCCCAUAAUUUGGAGAAUUAUGUUAAGAGAACAAUAGAAGGGAAGAAUGGAAACAUUCACACGACUAAGAGUGAGAAGAGAUAAGUGGGGAAUGAAUUGUGCGAGAGAAAUUUUCAGUGCCACCCUAUGCUGUGCCACCUGAUGCUAGCUUAUUUUGAUAGUUACAAACUGUCUUAGAGUUUGUUAGAGUGAGUGUAGGUUAACAUCAACCGGAGUGAAGGAUAAACAUUGUAUAAAUACAUGUAAUCUGAACUCUAAAUUUCAGUAUUUCAAUUCAAUGAAUAUAUGAGAAUUCAGUUUUC